ACUUUCGUUUUCUCCUCUAAGUGAAACUAAUUCAGUCCGUGUUUGUGGCGUCUGGACUGUGGCGUUUACGUCGAUGUUUGCUGUUUUUGGCCGUAAGCGCCUUAAUUUUGAGCACAUUUUUCGAAAGGUGAGUGUUUUAAGUCCGGGGCGGUUUUGAUAAUUCUCUUUUUUUCGUGAGUAAAGUCGAAAAUUUCCGCCACUCACUUCCACAACAAACUUCAAAGACUUUUAACGGUGUUUUAACGGAUUGUGUUUUCUCUGCUGCUUUGAAAUGCUUUAAUUAAACCAUACUGAAGUGUUAGAGGUUAUCUAAGUUUAGAUAAAGUGGUUAAACUGCGUGUAUUGAGUGCUUUAAUGUGCGUGCAUGUGUAGAAUAGACUCCGGUUUGGCUGCACCUUCUUUCUUGAAAGCUCCUCGCUCCACAGUAGCUUUAAGUUCAUUAUUUUCAACUUUCAAACCUCACUUGUCUUCAUUUUCUAGUUUGGCCAGCUCAUAGCGCUUGUCUUGUUUAUAAACACGAUUUUUCUUGUCAUUUGAAACCUCAAAUUUUACACCUCCUCUAUGUUAGGACCUUCAGACAUGGACCACCACCGGAACGACAGCUCCCGGAUGAAAGCGUUGCUUCAGAGCGAGGACUCCAAAGACGACCAUGAACGGGACAGAGAGCAGAGCAGCACCAACGGGUCAAGCCAGGCCACCUGCUCUGCCUCCUCCCACUCGUCCCUCUCCCCUGGACUCUCAAGAACCAGGGAGACAGAGUUCGGUGCGUGGGCAGAGAAGGUGGAGAGACAGAAAGAGGACGUCUCCUCAUCAUCAUGUUCUCCUCUGAGCGCUCUGAAGAAACUCCCUGAGUGUCAGAACAGUCUGGGUCAACUGACCUUCAGCAUGACCCACUCUGUCCUCAUCGAUGUAAGUUCACUCAGAAAGUACUUAAAGGGAUAUUCUGGCAUAAAAUUAAUUUAGAGUCAAACACACCAUAAUACAGAGUUCAACACUCUGUCAAGAGAUGAAUGUUGCUGACCGCUUGCUUCUCCAGUUACACCAACUUUAGUAACGAACGCAUGAUAGCUAUACAGAGAGCCACUCGCUCAAACAAAAGGCUACUCUAUAGCCACAAAUAAUGCUCAGAACAGCACCUAACUUCAUCAACAGUACAUAUAGGGUCCCAGCUAUAGUACUAUAGUAAUAGUAAUAGUUAUUUUAUAUCAUAUCAUAAUGUGUCUCGUAUCGUAUCAUAACGUACCAUAUCGUAUCAUGUCGUAGCGUAUCAUACCAUAUCAUAAUGUAUCAUAUCAUACCAUAUCCUAUCAUAUAGUACCGUAUCAUAUCCUAACAUAUUGUACCAUAUCAUAUUGUAUCAUAUUAUAUCGUAUUGUAUCGUAGGGUAUCAAAUCCUAUCAUAUCGUACUGUAUCAUAUCAUAUUGUUCUGUAUCAUAUCAUAUCAUAUUGUAUCGUAGGGUAUCAUAUCCUAUUAUAUUGUACCAUAUCAUAUCAAAUCGUAUUGUAUCAUAUCCUACCAUGUCAUGAAAUUAAUUUAGGGUCAAACACACUGUAAAACCUAGUUCAACACCCCGUCAAGAGUUUUUGUUCAUGGAAAUGCAAUCAGACCGAGACGCUAAGGCAGAAGAACUUCUGCGUCUGCAGUGCAAAAUGAUAAAUAUGGUGAUUAUUACUUCAAGGAAAUGAUAAAGAAAUGAUCAUAAAUGUUCUUCCUUAAGCUGCGUAACCCCACUGUAGUCCGAAAUGGACUGGCCUGAGGUCUCACUACAAACAAGCAGUUGCCGGAAGAGAGUGGGUGAGUUGUGUUUAGUCUCUUUGCUAAAGAAAUUAGGCAAAGUUAAAAAGAUGUUUGGUGGCUAGUACUAUGGCUGGGACCCUAUAUGUACUGUUGAGGAAGUUCGGUGCUGUUCUGAGCAUUAUUUGUGGCUAUAGAGUGGCGUUUUGGUUGAGGUUUGUUUAUGGCUCCUCAGACCGCUGUGUAUUGCUAUCCUGCGCUCAUUACUAAAGUUGGUAUAACUAGAGAAGCAAGCGGCUGGCAACAUUCAUCUCUCGAGGAGGUGUCUGACUCGGUGUUACGGUGUGUUGACCCUAAAUUAAUUUUCAAGAGCUGAUCAGAUGUUUUCUAUUAUUUAAGAGUCGUCACUAAACCCAAAGUAAACAAAUCAAGCUUCUUCUUGUACAUAUGACUGCGUUUGUGUUUCUUCAGGUGAAAAUCUUUAACCGUGGACGGUCAUUGUCACCGCAGGAAGGCAGAGACGUGUGGCACAGUAACUUUGUGAAAAUGCCGUGUUCACAGUUGAGUUUAAUGACCACCAAAGGGGCGGUUUUUAAGGUGUGUUUAAAGCUAAUUAACAGUUUAAAUAGCUCAGUUUCCAGUAGUAUUUACCAUCUUUAAUAAAGAGUGUAAUGUUCAGUUUUUUAAAUAGGUUUGUUUCGCCCACAGACAACCAAUCAGAAGCCCAGAUGGGAUAUAAUCAAGAAACAGCUGGAAACUUUGUCCAAAAAGUCAGCAGCAACUGUUAAAGACGUUGAGGUACAUCAGCAGCUUUGAAAAAACUGCAUCUGCAUAUUUUUUUCAGUUUCAAUAGUUUCUGUUUAUCCCACCAGGACGCCAUCCUCAAAUAUAACCCCAAGUACAAAGGUCGGUGGUCGUUUGAUGCCCUCGCCACUUUCGUUGAGGUCAGUAUCACCGGGUCUCUCUCACAAAAGGAGUUUGUGUCUGAACUGUAAAAAUAUAAAUGUGACACAUUUGGGCUCAAGACUCUGCCGAUGCACCACACACCACAGGAACUGGUUUAUGAUGAAGUCCACGCAGAGAUUCGGAUGGUUACAGAGCGCACUGAGAGGGUUCAGGGUCACGUCUAUUCAAUCUCCAAGUCAGGAGGGUCUUUCUUUCUUUCUUUCUUUCUUUCUGUCUUUCUUUCUUUCUCUCUCCUCCCCAUGCCCACUAGCUCACAGGAACUACUAUCCACACCUCCUUAUAUGGCGGUCUGGGUCUAUUCAUAGAUGGGGGUGUCUGCAGACUUCACUUUAGUCUAGAUUUCAUUGGUAUUUAUGAACUUAAAUUUUUGUUUCUUCAUACGAUCAUUCAAAUCUGAACCAGCUGUCAGUUUUUAAAUCUGUGCACAGGUUUCCUCAUGUUUCAUGAAUCCGCUUUGUUCAUUCACACCAGUCAGAUUAGAGUGUUAUGAUGCACUUUUUUAACCCUUUAACAUCAGGAAUAAUCCUGUUUUCUUCCUCAGCGUGUCCAUGAGACAGAAAACUACUUCAAGCCUCUGUUUCCAAAGAUUGCUGCAUUGGCUAUGGACCUGCCUAACUCUGUGAAGAAGGUACGAACCUGACCCGAUCCAGGGACUUUAAGUGAACUUCUCCUGAUGAUAAUAUUCACAGACAUAGAUUAAUACAGAUAAUUUAACUCUGGGCUCAAUUUUUACACAUUUCAGUAUCUGGACUCACCUAAACAGUCUGAAUAUGAACAAAAACUGUCUCAGUGGACCACAUCAGAUAACUCAGCUGUUGGUGUUUGUAGUAAAAGUUAGAUUUCAUGUUUUCAGGCCAUCCCUCUGCUCAGGAGGGGACAAACCGCAUCCAUCACUCUGUCACAGGCUCAGAUAGCCUGCCUGCUCGCCAACGCUUUUUUCUGCACCUUCCCCCACCGAAACACCUCAGACCCCAAGGCAGAGUACCACCACUACCCCUCCAUCAACUUCACCAGGUAAGGCGUCAAACAGUGACACAUAUCCAGCCACAACUCCCACGUUGUCUUCGCUCAUUACGCUAACCUUUAUUUCUACAGCCUGUUUGAGAAGUGGUCAGAGCGGAAGAAGGAGAAGCUGAGGGCCAUCAUGCAUUACUUCCAUGUGAUGACAGACAAGGGUGAGUUCACAUUAAACUGUCGUUCCUCGUUGUGUUUGAACAGACUCAUCAGUGAAGAUCUGUGACGGGUUCUGAUUCUGUUCACAGAGGAGAAACAAGACGGGCUGGUGACGUUUGAGAGGCAUGUGCUCAGAGACGCAGACGUACCCAACUGGAGGAGGUAAUGUGAUGAAAAAUGAGUGUGGUGUUAAGACAGGCCGUAGAGUAAACCUCAAAGUGCAAAGUGUAUCAGCUGAUCUUCAGUGCAUCCAGUCUGCAAAACAAACACCGGCGGAAAAUACAGCGGAAUCGGGAUUAAGAUGGGAUUAUGUGUAAAAUAUAUAGCAUAGAUUAGUAAAUGAUGGUUCAGGUAAUAUAAGAUUCAGUCACUAAGGUCAGUAGGUAAGAGGCUUAAAAAAUAAACAAACAAGAACAAAAGUUUUAGAUUUAAUUUCAGCAAAAAAAAAAAAAAAAAAAAAAAAAAGUUUAUUCAGCUUUAAAGGGAUAUUCCGCUUUAAGAUUAAUUUAGGGCCAAAUACACCGUAACACCGAGUUAGACACCCCCUCCAGAGAUGAAUGUUACUGACCGCUUGCUUCUCUAGUUAUAUUAACUUAAGUAUUGACCGCAGGAUAGCAAUACACAGCGGUCUGAGGAGCCAUAAACAAACCUCAACCAAAGAAGAAGAACAUUUUUGAUCAUCUUUCCAUGGAAACGCAAUCAGACCGAGACACUAAGGCAGAAGAACUACAGCGUCUGCAGUGCAAACUGACUGAUGUAAUGGUUAUUAAUUCAAGGAACUGAAAAAGAAAUGAUUCCUUGAGCUGCGUCACCCCGCUGUAGUCUGUAAUGGACCGGCUUGAGGUCUCGCUACAAACAAGCGGCUGCUGGAAGAGAGUAGGUGAGUUGUGUUUAGUCUCUUUGCUAAAGAAAUUAGGCAAAGUUAAAAAGAUGUUUGGUGGCUAGUACUUUGGCUGGGACCCUAUAUGUACUGUUGAUGAAGUUAGGUGCUGUUCUGAUCAUUAUUUGUGGUUAUAGAGUGGUGUUUUGGUUGAGGUUUGUUUAUGUAUAUAUGUACUGCUAUCCUGGGGUCAUUAAUAAAGUUGGUAUAACUAGAGAAGCGUGGUCGGCAACAUUCAUCUCUGGAGGGGGUGUCUAACUUGCUGUUACGGUGUUUUUGACCUUAAAUUAAUUUUACGCCGGAAUAUCCCUUUAAUAGAGACCUACAGCAGAGUGUCAUCGGCAUAAAUGUGAAAUCAGACAGCUUUUACCCUAAAUUCGGACCUCUGAGACACAUUUUAUUACCUUUAUUUGCUUUUUAACUGUGAACUGUGACUUCUAUACUAGUAUGACCAAAAUGCAGAGGUGGUGUUUUAUUGUAGCAGCACUUUACCCAGAAGAUGGCGCUACUCAAACUAAAGCUUCACACAGCCUUCUGCCAUCAUGACAGCCAGUGCAGUCGCCAUCAUUGUGGUUCAUACGGAAAGCAAAAUUACACACUAGGUACACAGUGUUAUGUUUGACCUCUCUGUGUGCUCAGUAAAAGUUUCCUUUUCCAGGCUUGAAACAAACAAUGGUUUUAUUGGAUUUAAUUACGCUGUAAAACUAAUUUAGCUCAUUUAAUUUAAACCCACUCAUCAUGUGUCUCUUGAGAUAAAUCCAGAAGACAGUUUUAGUGUUCCAAGGUCUGCAAUGAGGUUUAGCUUAUCUGUAUCUGACCUUGGUUUGUCGAGAGAGACAGGCAGAUCUGCGUUAUCAGAAAAUUUAGAGUCUAAACAAGCCGUCUUAGGAGGACAAAAUACUGAUAACAGCUCUGAGAGGGAAGGUCAGGACAUGAUGUUCGUCAUUGAAAACAGACCCACCCACAGGGAGAAUUUGAACACAUGAACACACGUUAUCAGUAUUGGAAACUUUUCAUAUUUCCUGUCUCAGUACCUGGUUGAGAAGAUGGUGCCAUUUUCCAUGGUUAACCGGUCAACAAAACCUGCUGCAAAGAAGAGGGUCCCUCGUCUAACCCAAGUCUAGAAGAAGACUGAAUCCAAACAUGUUAAAACCAUUUAAAUCCACAGGUUACUGCAGAUCUACAAGAGCUGCAUGAUCAUGCUCAAGUUGUCUGUGAUCCGUCUCACCACGUUAGGGUCGGUCUGGAUCUUUCUUCUUAACCUUAACAGAAACAUUCCUACUAAUGAGAGUUCAGGCUGUUUUUGUGAUCCAGAUCCUUUAGCUCAGUGAGAUUGAGCAAUUUCAUCCUCGACUCACAUCAGCAUAGAUACUGUCAGCUGCGACAGUGCUCCUGAAGUCAAAUAAUGUAAAGAAAACAGAGACACAAUAAAAGUUUUUGUGAUCAUAUUUUACAUUAACGUCCUCAUUUAUAGUAAAUAAUAAAGUAAGGCCAAUAAUGAAAAUCUGACCUGUGCGAUAAUACAACUUAACCCAGUUUUGACUCACCCUGAAACACCACAAGGAGGAAUCCCCUCGCCGUGACAAACCCACAUGAAGUUUCCUGUUGAUUCUUGUUUUUGUUAAACUCCUUCACUGUUGUGUUUUUGACGUUAGCUGUAAGGAGAAGAUGUCCAAACUGCAUGUCACCUCACGGGGCAGUAUCGAGACUGAAGGUACAGGUAUGCUGCAGGUGAGAACAGGCCCCCCCUCCCCCAAAAUAACAUCCUCUACCUGUUUUAGUCGUUUUUAGGUUUAAAGUGUUUUUCUUUGUGCAUUUAAAGGUGGAUUUUGCCGCCAGCCGGAUCGGUGGAGGUGUUCUGGGUUCUGGUCUGGUUCAGGAAGAGAUUCUGUUCUUGAUGAAUCCAGAGCUCAUCGUAGCCCGCCUCUUCACUGAGAAACUGGCAGACAAUGAAUGUCUCGUCAUCACAGGUAGAAAAGAAGUGAUUUAUCACUUCAUGGAUUUGUACUCGCAGAUAUAAAUUAAUCCUAAUUCAGAUGAUAAAUUCUUAUUUUGGAGAACAAUCCUACUGCAACAAAAAGUCACCAAAGUACCAAAUCUGGAUUCAUCCAUUGCUGAAAGUAGUCCCAAAUAGUCAGUGUUUGUAUUUUUGACAGAUCAAAUUAUUUCUGUGUUUCAGGCUCUCAGCAGUUCAGCCGUUACUCAGGUUUUGGGGACACAUUUGAGUGGGCGGGGCCUCAUAAGGACAACCUCCCAAAGUAAAAUAAGAGCUCUCACUUUAUGCCUUUGUGCAACCAGAUUCAAAGAAGAUUGUGAUGUCUUGCAAAAUGUUACUAAAAAGAAAAAAAUGUUGUUUGCAAAUCAUUUAUAUUUAACUGAAAUAUAAACCAACAUUUUACACAACAUCUCAAACUUUUCCAGGAUUUGGAUUGAAAUCAAAACUUGUUAAACAUAUUUGAUGUUUCUGAAUUUACAGAGACGAGUGGAGUCGUUGGCAGAGACAGAUUUUAGCCAUCGACGCUGUUUUCUUUAAAGACAGACGGGAUCAGUACAACAUGUUAAAAGUCACACGGGAUCUCAACAAGGUGACAUUUACAUCUGCGGUAUUUCAUUGAUUUAACAAAAGUAAUUUUUGAUAUAUCUGGUUUAACUUUUGAUGAUAAAUUCAUCAGAUUUGUUUGUUUCCUUCAUGGUCGUCAUUUUUACAUGGUUUUUAUCAUGUACCUGAAGGCAUACUGUGGAUUCAAGGCGCACUUUCCCAAGGAGCCAGACAUCGCCACAGGAAAGUGGGGCUGUGGAGCUUUUAACGGAGACCCACAGCUCAAAGGUACCUCACUCAUCUCUAAACUUGAUCUUUUAAAUCAUCACCGCAGAUUAGAAAAUAACUUGUUCUGUUGUUCUGUUUGUCUCUCUGUCGUCGCCUAGCUGUGAUCCAGCUGAUGGUGGCGGCGAAGGUGAGGAGGGGGCUGGCCUUCUUCACCUUCCACGAUGAGAAACUGGAGCUGGAGCUGCAGCAGUUUUACCACCUGCUGGUCACAGAGGGAACUACAGUUGGUGAGAGUUUGUGAAAGGACAUGAAAACACUGAGGAGGAGAGGAUUCACUUCUCCCCCUUUCAGACAUGCACAUGGUUCCUGAAAAUGUCCUGAAUUACCCCCAAGAGCCGAGUUUUUCCCUCCUGACUUUACUCAAAUAUGUGCUCUAGUGUCCUCUAGUGGUUUUUUAGGGUAAAGUCCAGAUGAGCUCAUUUUAAAAUGCAGCAAAUUUUUACCUUGGAAAAUGUAAAAGUAGAGGCGGGUCUGGAGCUGUUGAUGAACCAAUCACAAGAAUCUGUAAUGAGAUUGUAAACAUUACAUCGAUUACGAAUGCCACAAUGACAUUUGAUGCCAUUAUUAGUCAAGUUUCCAGUGUCCAAUGAUUGUAUCAAGGAUUUUAAUGACCUCAGCCGCAAAAUGCAUCCUCAAAGUUCUGCAGCUCCAUACAGUUUUUGCAUCUAAUCAUGGAGCUGUCAGCAAUUGAUGCAAAAGAGAGGAGAGAUCAACAUAAACAGACACAAAAUGAUAAAAAUGAACCAAAGAAGAAAAAAAAAAACCCAUCACAACCACAUUUGUUGCGUAGGUGAAGUAGGUGCAAAGAAAUGCAGUCUCUCAGAACCAGGAACCUCAAAUAUGGCGUACUAUCUUUUCACAGGGAAGCUGUAUGGACUUCUGGAGGACUUCUGUGCAGUCCAGCAGGCAUCUGGCGGCUCCUGUCAAGUGGAUCUGUUUGACUUCAUCAGAAACAGCCUGAAACCAUCCAGGAGUAAUCUGUGAGAAUCCGUCCAGGACUGAUUUGCACUAAAACCUCACAGGAAUGUCAGAAAAUGAAAUGAAGAAUAUAGUCUGUUCUGUGAAGAUAUUUUGUUUUCUGAAGCUGACAAGGACACAAACCUUAAAAAAAGAAAAAUUCAGAAGUCCUUAAAAAGUCGGAGCGCUGACUUGGAAUUUGAGAAAAAAAAGUCAGGAAUUUGGUAAAAAAAUAAUUGGAUUCGCUUAAUUUUUUUUUCUUUUUCCAGGUUUUUGAAUUUUCUUCCCUCUAAGAUUGAAGCCAAAAGUUUGAAUACUUUUUUUCUUUGAAAAAAAGUCACUUUUUUUCAUUUGCACAAAUUUAUUCUGAAUUUCAGCCACUGACAAUUUCCUUUUACCAAGUUACUUAAUUUUUCCUCAAAAAUUAAAGCCAAAAAAUUGCAUUUUUUGUUUUAUUUUUAAAAAAGGGACCUUUUUUAUUUACAGAAAUUUAUUCUAAAUUUCAGCCACUAAAAUUUUCUCAUUUUUUAGGUCUAAUUCUCACACAGAAACACAUCCUGUAUUACAAUAACACUAACUCUGAUAUAACAUCUAUAUAAUAUCUGACAGGUAUCUUGUUAGGAUGCACAACCUUAAAAAAAGAAAAAUUCAAAAGUCCUAAAAAAGUUGGAGCACUGACUUGGAAUUAGAGAAAAAAAGUCAAAAAUUUAAUGAAAGAAAUUUGUUGGAGACACUGAAUUUUUUUUUCUUUUACCAAGUUUUUGAUUUUUUCUUCCCUCUAAGAUUGAAACCAAAAGUUAAAAUGUUUUUAUUUAUUCUGAAAAAAGUCACGUUUUUAUAUGAACAAAUUUAUUUGGAUUUCAGACACUGAAGUUUUUCAUUUUUUAGGUAUGACAAUUUCCUUUUGCCAAGUUUCUGAUUUUUUUCCCAAAAAAAUUAAAGUGAAAAGUUUGACUUUUUUGUUGUAAUUGUAAAAAAAAUCACUUUCUUUGCAUUUGCACAAGUUUAUUCUGAGUUUUAUCUACUGAAAUUUUCUCAUUUUUUUUAGGUUUAUUUCUCAUAGAGAAAACUCAUCCUGUAUUACAAUUACACCAACUCAAAUAUAUUUAUAUAAUAUCUGACAGGGAUCUUGUAAGGAUGCACAAACCUAAAAAAACCUAAAAAAGUUGGAGCACUGACUUGGAAUUCAAGAAAAACUAGUCAGGAAUUUAGUAAAAGAAAUUUGUUGGAGACACUGAAUUUUUUCUUUUUUUUUAGAUCUGACAAUUUUCUUUCACCAAGAUUGAAUGUACCUUUUUUUUAUUUCAAAAGGUCAGUUUUUUUUUUCAAUUGCACAAAUGUAUUCUGAGUUUCAUCCACUGAAAUUUCCUCACUUUUUUGGUCUAAUUCUCACAGAUAAAACACAUCCUGUAUUACAAUCACACCAACUCUAAUAAAAAAUGAUAUUUUUGUGCUUUAAAUGACUCAAACUGCAGCGUUCAGGAGCACCAUAAUCUUUAUUUUUUUGAGAACAAUAAAACAUACAAGAAAAUAAAUACAUCCUUCAAAUCUGAGGCUCAA